CGCGCUUCGUGUCAUAUGACACCGGGCUGCAAGAUGGCUCGGGCGAGGCGUCCUCCUGUCCUGCUGCUGAUGCUCCUCAUGCUGCUGGGUGGAUCUUGCCGGCUGAGUCGGGGGACCUCGGCGGGGCCGGUGCCGCUGGUCAUUUGGCACGGCAUGGGAGAUAGCUGCUGCAAUCCCGAGAGCAUGGGGUACAUCAAAAAAAUUGUGGAGGAGAAAAUACCUGGGAUUUAUGUUCUGUCUCUGCGGAUUGGCAGCAACUUGAUUGAGGACAUGGAAAACAGCUUCUUCAUGAAUGUGAAUGACCAGGUGGAACUGGUUUGUGACAAACUUGCCAAAGACCCCAAGUUGCGAGACGGCUACAACGCCAUGGGCUUCUCGCAGGGAGGGCAGUUCCUGAGGGCAGUGGUACAAAGAUGCCCUUCUCCCCCGAUGUUCAAUUUGAUUUCUGUGGGUGGUCAGCACCAAGGAGUGUAUGGCUUCCCACGAUGCCCUGGGGAGAGUUCCCGCAUCUGUGACUGGAUCCGGAAGAUGCUGGAUAUUGGGGCCUAUACCAAGACGGUGCAGGAGCGCUUGGUACAAGCCCAAUACUGGCAUGACCCACUGAAUGAAGAAGAAUACCGGAAGAACAGUCUCUUCUUGGCCGAUGUCAACCAGGAGCGAGGCAUCAAUGGGACUUACAAGAAGAACCUGAUGUCUUUGAAAAAAUUUGUGAUGGUCAAGUUCCUCAACGACACCAUGGUGGACCCCCCUGACUCAGAGUGGUUUGGUUACUACCGGAGUGGCCAGGCUAAAGAGACCAUUCCCUUGAAGGAGACGUCACUAUACACAGAGGACCGUCUGGGACUGAAGGAAAUGGAUCAAGCAGGGAAACUAGUGUACCUGGGGGCAGUAGGGGAUCAUCUCCAUUUUUCUAAAGAAUGGUUCUUCAAGAACAUCUUGCCUUUCCUUCAGUCAAGCUGAUGGAGGCCUAGGAGUCUGUCUUCCCGAGUCCAGCUGCAGGACCUAGUUUCUGUGAUACCUGCCCCUUAUAGCUCUUUCUAAGAGGGAGAGCAUUCCCACUAACUUGCUUGAUUCCAAAUUCAUUUAACACUUUUUGAACUUCACAAGUAGCCUCUCUUCCUCGAGAUGGGUGUUUUUCUACCAGUUUCCCACUGGAGAGACUUUAGCAGGACAGGCAUGGCCAUUUUAAGCUUUGUGAAAAACCAGUCACAUUUGUUUCAAGAUGGCACAAUUAACAUGCCGCUUACAGCACUUCAUGUGUACCAAAAUCACUCAGUUUCUAACUAUUAUCAGAGGAAAACCAUUUGAUUUAGUGGGUUGUAACCUUACAUUUUUAAGAUGGCCCAGGGACACAAAUGCUGUGGCAGCAAAUUAUGGGAAGCUAUGUUAAUUUUCUGAAGAGGCUGUAUUGUCUGUUUGCUAAACCUUUUGCAGAGUUCUCAGGGACAGGGUAGGUGGGUGGGUUUCUUAAGGCUGCUGAGUAAUUGGAAGACAAGAGGGGAAGGGGUGGGAGUUGUGCUGAUCCUUGAAUAGCAACUGUGGGUGUGCUGCUACUUUAAGCUUCUCGGCAGCAAAGGUCUCCAAAACAUGCAACGUGCAGUUCUUGGAUUUCAAAAUCAGCUGGGAGAAGUUGUGUGGCACAGUGGAGAAGCAGAGGAUUAAAACAGGAGCAACCCACUAGAAUACGCCUAGUCAAUGUAUAUAAAGCACUGGCUGAUAUCCAGAGCAAGGAAGUGCUGGGGCAGCAAGAGUGUGACUUUGCAGAAUUUCCCAGCUGCCUGUGUCAGUUUGACACCUUCCCUUUCUGCCGAAAGCUCUCUUUGCCACCUGGAAGGAAGUAUGGUCCCGAGGGCUGUGCAAAGCCUCAGACUUGUUUUCAGAUAGUGAGGUGGCUGCUUCUCUGCUGUGGUUAGUUUAGUUGGGCUGCUCUCUUGCUGCAUUGGUCGAGCCUGGCUCUGAGGGUGAAUGGAAUGCUUUGGAAAGGCUGGUGCACUGUAUAGAUUGUUAUAAGUGAACAUUUUGCAACUUGAUACACUCCAAUAAAAGAGCUAAGAUAAUGUA